AUGACAACACUUACUAUAUACUUUGCUUCAUCACCCGCAUUACCUGCCUCAUCAUCGGCACCAACCGCUGCUGCAUUAACAAAUACAAUCAUUACUACAAUUCCAUCUAUUCGAAUUGUUCAAAAAUUAACAAAACCAAUACCAAUACCAUCACCGCCACGUAUUACUUUACCAACUCCCAUAUUACCACUACGAACACAACUACCAAGUCGAAAAUCAUCAAAACGAAAUAAAACAUUUUUUGAACGAUUUAGUGAUACAUCAUCAUCAACACAUCUAUCAAGUCCACAAUCACCAGGACACCAGCCACAACAACAACAACAAGAACAGCAGCAGCAACAACAACAUCAACAAUCAACGGAUUCAUCUAAUCCGUCAUUGGAACCAGCACCACGUUUACGUCGGCGAUUUACAUUUCGUCGUAGUCUUCGCCACUCAGUUCAUAGCAAAGGAGGAGAAAUUGAUGAUGGAAUAAGACCUCGUUUACAACGAAGUCUAAGAAUCUAUCAGAUGGAUAGCAAUUUUGAUGUGGAUGGUUCAUCAUCGUCACCACGUGGUGCUCUCAAUUCUCAUCAUAAUGUAUCACCAACAUCAGCACUUAAUCAACAACAUGGUACAGCUAAUAAAACAGCAAGCAACACAACUAAUAGUAGUGGAAUGCAUCGACGCGAAUCAUUUUUGUAUAAAUGUGACAGUGACAAUGAUCUUUCACCGAAAUGUAUUUCGCGCAAUCCGUCCAUUGGAUCUGAAUUGCACCAGGAUGACAUGAUUGUCACUCCAUUUGCUCAGUUACUUGCCAGUCUUAAAAAUGUACGGAAAAACUUUGUCGAUCUUACCCACAUACCUCCAGAUAGGGCGAAAAGAUCAAGUCAACUUGGUUAUAAUCAAGCUGCUUCACCCAUUCUUAAUAAAGUGACAACGACAACAUCAGAUGAUACUUCAUUAUUACAAGCAAUAUCUACAUUAGAGGAACUUGACUGGUGUUUAGAACAAUUAGAAACAAUGCAAACACAUAAAUCUGUUUCUGAUUUAGCUUCACUCAAAUUUAAGCGUAUGCUCAAUAAAGAAUUAUCUCAUUUCGCUGAAAAUAAUAAAUCCGGCGCACAAAUUAGUGAUUAUUUAUAUUCAACCUAUACAGACAAAAAAGAACCCGAUGUUGAUUUAUCUCAAACAAUAUCAUCUUCACGUGGUCUUCCAUACGAUGAACCAAAUACAGUAUUAUCAUCAAAACCUAUUGAUACAUCAAUGGCCUCACCAACAGUGAUGGGACAUAUCAGUGGUAUACAAAUUACAACCACAGCAUUAACAACAAAAACUCCAAUACCAGAAUUAGGUGUUGAUACACCACAUACUGAAGAAUUACGUUCAUUACUUGAACGUGUUAAUGAUUGGGGUUUAGAUACAUUUCGUAUUGAGGAUUUAAGUGGACAACGACCAUUAACAGCAAUAACAUAUAAAAUAUUUCAAGAGCGUCAGCUACUAAACACAUAUGCGAUUGAACCUCAUACAUUAAUUUCUUAUUUGCUCACACUUGAAGAUCAUUAUCAACAAGUACCAUAUCAUAAUAAGGCUCAUGGAGCUGAUGUUUGUCAGUCAAUGCAUGUUUUGCUCAAUGCUUCGGCACUCGAUGGCGUGUUUACCGAAUUGGAAGUCAUGUCGGCGAUAUUCGCAUCGGCAGUACAUGAUGUCGAUCAUCCCGGUGUAACAAAUCAAUUUUUAAUUAAUACUAAAAGUGAUCUAGCGAUAAUGUAUAAUGAUGAGAGUGUACUUGAAAAUCAUCAUCUAGCCGUUGCAUUUAAAUUAUUACAAGCUAAUGAAAGAAAUAUAUUUGCACAUUUGACAGCUAAACAAAUAAAGACAUUACGUAAAAUGGUUAUUGAUAUGGUUUUAGCAACCGAUAUGUCUAAACAUAUGCAAUUAUUAGCUGAUUUAAAAACAAUGGUUGAAUCAAAAAAAGUCACUGGAAAUAAUAUAAUUAUGCUUGAAUCAUAUGAUGAUAGAAUUCAGGUGCUUCAAAAUAUGAUUCAUUGUGCUGAUUUAUCGAAUCCGACAAAACCAUUAGAUAUUUAUAUUAAAUGGACUGAUCGGAUAAUGGAAGAAUUUUGGAGACAAGGUGAUAAAGAACGUGAUCUUGGUUUAGAAGUUUCUCCGAUGUGUGAUAGACGUGUAGCUAGUGUAGAAAAACAUCAGGUUGGUUUUAUUGAAUUUAUUGUACAUCCAUUAUGGGAAACAUGGGCUGAUUUGGUAUAUCCAGAUGCAAGUGCUAUUUUGGAAACACUAGAACAAAAUCGCGAUUGGUAUCAAGCUCGUCUUUCAUCUCCAUCAUCAACGCCAGGGACCGGAAAUUUAUCAAGUUCUCCUACUAAUACGAAUAUUUCAUCAUCUCAGCAUCAAGAUUCAAUACAGCCUGUAACAUCAACAUCUUCGUCUCCAUCUCCUAUGUCGUCUGAUGUUCUUACGUCAACUUUAAGUAAUUCGACAAUAAUAAAUGCGAAAUCAGCCGGUGAUCAGCUCAUUCCCUCAUCUUUAUCUUCUUCUCAGUCGACAUCAUCCACUUCUCGGAUAACAACAACAACAACAACCACAGAAACAGCAACAACUGCAGAAAAAUCAACUGCUAAUAGUGGCAGUGGUGGUAAUGGUGAAUUCCAAAUGACGGUGACACCAGCCACAUCCUAA